AUGGGGAAUGCUUUGGGUCGUUCAAUUAAAGUGGAUGAAACUACUGUUAAGAGAGAAAUAGGAUAUUAUGCAAGUGUUUUGGUAGAAAUGGAUAUGUCAAAAUAUAUUCCUAGGAAGAUAUGGGUUGAAUCAAUGUAUGGUAGCUUUGAACAAAGAGUACAUAUUCCAAAAGUUCCUAAGUUUUGCAUUCAUUGCCAGGUAGUUGGCCACUCUGUUACUGAAUGCAGAUCAAAGAAAAAAAAUCAGGAUCAAGUAGAGACAGAGACAGUGGUUCAAACAAAGAAAACUUGGAGAAAGGUGAAGAAUAAAAAUAAAGCUGGUUUUGAUAUUUGCUUUGGUGAAGGUGGAUCAACUCAGAAUGAUUCUCAAAUACUAGAUAGUGAAGAUGAGAUUAUUGAUGCCAUAAUUCCUCCAAUAACUCCCGGUGGUGGUAAAACUUUAAUUGAUAAUUCUCAAAAGGUAAAUGAAGAAGUUGUUAAUUCUGGCAAAUUUCAAGUUCUCCGGAAUAUUCCUGAGGAAAUUCUCAAUUCUCCAACUGCCUUUCCAGAUUUAUCUUUAUCAAAGACUUUGGAUGUUACUUCAAGUGCACCUUCUAUAAAUGAAGUUAUUACAUUAAUACCUCAUUUGGGAAAAUAUGGCUCAAAUGCAGACAGUACUCAAGUCAAGCAGAAGGCAGAUAGAAGAGAACUGUGGAUUGAUAUGGAAGAAAUAAAUUCUUUAAAUAAACCAUGUCUUGUUAUUGGGGAUUUUAGUGUUGUUACUAGUAAAUAUGAAAAAGUUGGUGGUCUAAAGCCUUUAAGAAUCUCUAUGUUGGAGUUCAAUAAUUGUUUAAAUAGAUGUGGUCUGAUUCAAGCACCAAAAACUGGAUUAGAGUUCUCAUGUUGUAACAACAGAGCUGGAAGAAAAAUAAUUGCUUGCAAUCUUGACAUGGUUGUAUUUAAUAAUAAAUGGCUGGAAGUAUAUCCAAGUUGGGGUUACAAAGUUAGUGCAAGAGGAAUUUCUGAUCAUGGUGUUUUGUGUGGUGUUAAUGCAGACAUUCCAAAACCUAAAAAUGUUCCUUUCAGAGCUUUAAAGGUAUGGAAAUCUCAUUCUUCUUUUAAACAAGUAACCAUUGACUCUCGGAAUUCAGAAAUUAUUGGAAAUCCUGGGUUUAUUUUUAUGAGUAAAUUAAAAAGACUCAAAAAAGACAUCCAACUAUGGAACUGGAAUUCUUUUGGAGAUGUUACAAAAAAGCUAAAACAGGCAGAAAAAGAAGUUUUGAAAGCAACUCUCUUAUCUGAUAGAAAUCCUUUGGACUUAAAUCUUCUCAAUAAUCUUGUUACAUCAAGAGGAAAACAGGAGAUUCUUUUAGAUCAACAAAAGGAAGUAACUUUUGCUACAAACAUUUUUAGAGAUAUUCCUAUUAUGGUAACUAAUGAUGAUAAUACUUUUCUUGAAGCUACUCCAAAAGCAGAUGAGAUAAGAGAAGCAGUUUUUGAAUUAAAUCCAGAAAGUGCCCCUGGUCCAGAUGGAUUUGCUGGUUGGUUUUAUAGAGAAGUAUGGGAUAUAAUUAGGAAAGAUUAUAAGUGCAAUUCAGUUUUGGUGGAGUAG